CGAUUAUUUUUGUUCGAUCGAGGGCGGACUUACUAUUUUUCUGUAUAAAUUUUUUUUCGUGUAGCAUAGCGAUAUGUACACUGAUAAUAAAACAGCCGUUUUAACAGAAUUGGCACCAUUAAUCAUGCCAUUACACAACUCUACAGCAGUUCUGGCAAGAUUUAGUUUAAUGACAUUAGUUAAAAUAGCUGUGUUUUAUUUUGGGUGUAUACGCAAUUUUUGCGUAAUUCAUAUGAUUUAUGUGUUAGCUUAAUCAAUACUAUAAGUCUAUAAUUUUUCCUUAUCAUCGAAAUAGUAACACAGCUCAAUAUUACAAAAUCGUUUGCACGUUUUUAGUAACAGCGGAUCCUCAUUAUAAGUUUGCACAACAUUGAAAUCUUAUCUUUUAUUGAACCAACUUGCUUUCACUUCAAUUCUCGUAUAGAAAUCAGAUGAGACAAACCGUCAUAAACUACACAUAAAUCAUGCAAAUACGAAUAUUAAAAGUCUGCUUAUUUUCAUCUCUAUCGGUGGAACAUUAAACACCAAUGACGGAGUAUCAGAAGAAACGCCUAUACACUAUCACCUCGCAACGAUUAUCGUUCGAACAUUCGAUGUAUCAGAGUUCGAGCUUUGACCACACGUCAGAAUCGUUGAUGGGAGUUCGAUAAAGAAGCAGCCAGUCGAUUGUUUAUGCCUUGGCCGCAUACUACCUAUCCAAGAUGGAAAAUUUACGCAUCUCCUGCGUCUCAGCUCGUGGGUGGGGUAAACGAUGCUUAUCACCGCAAGAGAGGGACUAUACUUUUGAUGCGACUAUGUAUGACAUAGACGAGCCCUCGACGCUCCAAGCUCAGUUUCAGUUUGCUACUCGUCGUGAGAGUUCGCUAACAAGAUGGUCGCCCAGGAGUUCAUCGACGAGUGGUUCGCCAAACAACAGACUCGGAUGUUCAGCAUUAAAGACAACAUGGUCGUCGGCAAUGAACCAACUCGAGGUCCCGAGACCGACAGUAUAGCCAAGAUUGUCUUGGAUGCCUUUGACAAAGAUCCGGACUUUGUUUUUCAAAUCGAUGCGAAGACGGGAGAGAAGCUCACAUUCGCCGAGAUGAAGGAUAAGAGCGUUCGGUGCGCGUUGUGGUUGAAGAAACAAGGUAUCGGCAAGGAUGACGUCGUCGUGAUCGCCACCCCCAUUCAGAAUGACGAUUACGUGCCGUUCUUGGCAACCGUUUUCGUCAAUGCCAUCUACAACCCGUGGUAUCACGAACUGACACCUGCGAUAGCAAAGUACUUCUUCGAGCUUUUAAACCCGAAGGUAAUGUUCGUCUGCGAGUCAGCUAUAGACAUGCUAUCCGGAGUAGCUAGAGAGGUGGGCAGCAGCUGCAAGUUCGUGGUCUACGGCAGACACGCGAGAUUCCCGUCGUUGAGUGAUCUGCUGGCGCAGCAGAGCCAAGCGGAGAUCGAGGCUUUCCAGCACGUCGAGCCCGUGGACGCCAAAAAGCAGGUCGGCGUCAUUUACUUCUCGUCGGGCACGACUGGCGUUCAGAAAGGUACUAUGUUGUCGUGCGAUACCAUGGUCAACAGUCGCAUCGAAUACUCCUUGAUUCGUAAAGGCGCGAAUGCACUAUGGUAUUCAAAUCAGUCUUGGAUCACCGGAAGUAACUUUAUCUUGGCUUGUAUUCGCCUGAACUGUACAAGGAUUUUGCAUGCAAACUUUGAUCCCGAAGAGACCAGCAAAGUCGUUGAGAAGUGUAAGGUGAAUUGGAUGUUUGUUACUCCUAGUAUGUUGGCAGAAAUGGUUAAUGCAAAAGUAUUCAGUCGAUACGAUUAUUCGUCGGUUGAAGUUCUGAUGACGGGUGGUUCGAAAGCCAGUAAGACGGUGCUCGAGGAAACUCAUAAAGCUCUACCUAAAGCUAUCGUAUCCAACGGUUUCGGUAUGACUGAGCUAGGGGGAUUGGCUAUUAGACAAACCAGAGACUAUAAAACGGUUGAGUCCAUUGGUCAUCUUGUCGAAGGCAUCACCAUGAAGGUCGUGGACUUGAGUACAGGGAAAAAACUUGGACCUAAUCAGUCUGGUGAGCUCUGUUUCAAAUUGGCCCACUCGAUGCUCGGCUAUUGGAAAAAUCCGACAGCGACUAAGGAAAUGAUAGACGAUGAAGGUUGGGUGCAUACUGGAGACCAAGGCCACUAUGACGAAGACGGCGAGAUCUUCAUCACCGAUCGAAUCAAGCAGGUCAUAAUAAUGCAGAAUCAUCACAUUUCGCCGUCGCAAAUCGAGGAAAUCUUAAUGCAGCAUCCGGAAGUCGUGGAUGUCAUGGUAGUACACGUGCCACAUCCUAUUGACGUCGAACGUCCGUUCGCUUUCGUGAAAAGAGUUCCCGGAGCUAAGGUAACAGCCAAAGAACUGAAAGAUCUGCCGGCCAGUUACAACGAGUACUUCCGUCUGUCUGGUGGCGUGGUAUUCGUGGAUGAAUUUUUGUUUACGGCCACGGGGAAGAAAAACAUGAAGGCAAUGAAGGAAAUGGCUAAAACAUACGCCUGCUGAUCAUCUCUAAAUUUUUAACUGACUCUUCUGGACCUGAUAAUGAAUGUGAUAUAAGUUAAUAGCUUAUGGUAGUGUAACGUUACAUUGUUUUUAUAUAAGUAUUAUUUAAUCAUAUUUAGAUGUAAUUCGUUAAGAUUAAUGAUGAUGAUAUUCUCAGCGUUUUUAAUUAAAAAUGCAUCUUAUUAUCGCAGUAUGACUUAUAAAUCAAUCAAUAAAACUCUCAAUUCA